GGAGGAGGCGGGGCCGAGAAGCGGCUGAGGAACGCCGUCCUUGUUGAAGCUUUAUUGUUCCUCCUACCUCGCGCCCACCUUCGCCCGUGUCCGCCGCCGCGCGGCUCCCAAUAAAGGUAACCAUGGCAACGGCAGCCGGCCUAGGCGCUCGAUUUAGGCCCUCCUCGCCGUAUCCCAAGUCGUCUCUCCUUCACCCGACCGGGGAGGGUGGGGGCCACGAAGAAGACUCUGGCUCUGGGCAGGCCCCUGCGUUUGGCUUCUGCGUGGGCCUGGGGCCCCUUCGGGCGGCCGCCGCCUAGCUCGAACGGGCGAGGGAGAGAGCGCGCCCGGGUGGGAGGCCUCGUCCGGGACAAGCCCCUCGGGAGGCUGGUGCUGCUCGGGGGGGCCUCUGCGUCCGCCCCCUCGCAGCUGGCCACCGGCCACGCAUCUCCCUUGAAAGGGCACUCGGCCCAAGUUGGGCUCUGUUAGGCUGUGAGACAUGGCAGGGAAUGAGGGAGGAAAGAUGCCUCGAGGCUGGAGCAUCGCUUUCAUUGUGUCCCCACCCCCUUACAAAAAGGCUCCCAGAGCGGCUUGUGAUAAGAAACAGCUCACGAAAGCGACUGGGGAGGGGGGGACACCACAAACUCACAUGUUUCCAAUGCAUGACUUCCCUUUAAGAAUCCUGGGAGCUGUCUGUAGUUCGCCUCUCAAAAGACCUGCAGUUCUCCAAACUGAAGCUUUUUUGGGUGAACCGUGGGCAGCACCAGCAUGGUGUAACCUGGCAUCAUUUGUGGGACUUUGCCUUCCUCAAGGAGCUUCCUUUCAGUGGGAAACCAAAGGUCCACAGAACAGCACUGGGCUGUUUGAAAGCCCCUGUCCGCAACAGGCCCAUGCUUCUCAUUAACUCUACCGUUUCAGAUAUUUAAAGAGCAGUAGGUAAAAUUAAAAGGUAAAGAACCCCUUGCUGGUUAAGUCCAGUCAAAGGUGACUAUGGGGUUGUGGCUCUCAUCUUGUUUUCAGGCCGAGGGAGCUGGCGUUUGUCCACAGACAGAUUUCCGGGCCCAGUGGCCAGCAUGACUAAAACUACUUCUGGUGCAACAAUUUGUAUCCACUUAAGAUGGCCCUCCUAGGCUUCCUUACAUGUUGAGGUUUGCAGUAAGGAAUGGGAACCAGGAGGUUGAGCCAGAAAAUGUCGAUUUUGAGGAAGGAUGGCAAAUGUUACACAGCAGGCAGAACUAGAGAGCAGAGCAGAGGUCUCUAAAUAGAAUUACCCUGUUUGGAGGAAAUACUUUCUUACUCAAAGUCUAGUUGGGUUUUACAGGUGGAAAGCAGUAGUGUCCCAAGGCUGUUCACCUUUGUUCGUGGUAACGCCACAGGUUUGAUCAUAAUGGGGAAGGGAACAAGUACAGUCCACGCAACUAAUUUGCUGCUCUUCUCAUCUGCGUACAGCUGAUUGGGAGCAAAACUAUACAGAACGUGAAGGGAGCAGAGACUUGCAGGGAGCUAUGGAUCUUCCAAACUACAGCCAGCAACUACUUCAACAGCUCCAUACACUCUGCAGGGAACAGCAGUUCUGCGACUGUAGCAUCUUGGUUGGGACGAUGCAUUUCCGAGCGCACAAGCUUGUGCUGGCAGCAGCCAGUGUGUUGUUCAGGUCUGUGCUGGAUGGCACAGACACAGUCUCCAUUGAUGCUUCUGUGGUGGCCCCAGAUGAAUUUGCUCUCCUGCUAGAAAUGAUAUAUACAGGCAAGCUGCCUCCUGGGAAGCACAAUUUCACCAACAUAAUAUCUGUGGCAGACAGUCUGCAGAUGUUUGAUGUGGCUGUCAGUUGCAAAACCCUUCUUGGGGACCUUCUGAGCUUUCCAAGUCAAGAAGAAGUGCUGAGGGACAUUUCUGUUCAGGCAGGGGAUGCAUCUAGUAAAGGUGUUGCCACUUUGGACAGUUCUCAUGCUGCAAAACUCAGUGUCAAAGUGAUGUUGCAUCCUGAGCAGGUUUCUUCCGGCUCUGCAGACUCUGUGGACACCACCAGAGUGCAAGGAAAGAGCACAUGUCAGGAAGCUUCAGACAAGGAAACUCAGCUUCCUGAUUCUCAUUGCCAGGAUCCCAAAGUUCUCCUCCCUCUGUGUCCAGGUGGCCAGAGCGUUUGCGAGGAAUGGGAAAGCACCAAACUGCCAGAGGAGAAAGACCUGGUUGGAGGUACAGGUGAGAGCGUCACCUUGACAUUGCCUGCUCCUAAUAAACUAUAGAGUAACUUUGCCUGUUGUAAUUCUACCCAGUGGACUGUUCCAUACAUGUAUGUACCUUGUAUGAGAACUGUGAGGUCAAUUAGUGAACUGCCUCAGUUGAAAAGUUUGCAUUUGACUCUGUGUAGACAUCCUUGUUUGUUGUGCUUUCCCUGUGAUGGCUAUUUCACACAUGGAAGUCAUCACUUGAUGCUGUGAGCUGCUGCUCCUGUUGCAAGCCAAAAGCCAAGAGCUUCUGCCUGUAUCCAUGCAUGCUUUUCCCCUUGUCUGCAAGAGGAGGGAGAUGCACCAUCUUAAUCGGGAGCCCCAGGUGGGAAAAGCAAAGCUCUUCCCAAGAAACUCCUCCAGCAGCACCUAUUAGGUAAUUAAGACGCUUUGGUUUUUUAGCAUAAACAUUCCCACCAGAAUGCUUCCUUGCACUCAUUUGUGCCGGUUUCAUUUGUGACUCACUUCCCAUGAAACAUCCCAAAGCAAUUUAGCAACAAGGCAUCAACAGUAACAAAGAAAAAAGGAAUACAAUUUCCAGAUGAAUAAAGGCUGGGAUAAAAAACUGCACUUACAAGGCAUUUUGAAAGGAGGUCUUCAGUAGAUGCCAACUUGGAAUGCACUCCCAGGUGAAAUCUGCUGCAGAGUGCAGUGAUCAGUUGGGCACAUAUAUCCAUUAUGUAUGCUUGGUGUGCACAGUAUGUAGUGUUCUCUUGCUUGGCGAAUAAUUCUCAGAAGAGGAAGACAGUAGCCCCCUGCUAUCAUCCGGCUUCCACUGGCCUUUCUCCCUUUGACUUUCUGGGCUUCCUCUUUUCAUAGGAAGCUCAGAAGAGGUGAAGCCUAUAGCUGCUGUGCCCCAGGAAAGUAAGGAAGAGCUUCUAAAGGAUUUGACACAGCUGAGGCCUAUCCAAGGGCUCUUGGACACAUCAGAGGAUGAUGCUUUCCUCUCUGGGGCAGAAAAGCAGGUAAACUGGAAAAAGGGGAAGGCAGGGGCAUGCCCCUGUCUUUUUGCCACUCCCUUCUUACCCACAUCACCCUUCCCUCUGCCACUAAUGCCUCCUUCCUUUCUGCCAAGAAAUUUGGCCUAGUACUUAAUUCUAUGUCAAGGAGGUAGGCAGAGUUGCCCAGUUCACUUCAUGAUGGAUAGCUCAGUUAGUUAGAGCAUGGUGCUGAUAACACGAAGGUUGCAGGUUCGAUCCCUGUUUGGGACAGCUGCAUAUUCCUGCAUUGGAAGGGAGUUGGGACUACAUUAUCUCAAGGUCUUAAGCUGGAUUCAUGCAUUAGCUGCUGCUUCCGUCAGUUAUUUUAAAUCAGUUUGUCUUUUUUUAAUGUUUAUCAUAUAUUACAUUUAUAUAUCUUUUGUAAGAUACCUUGCAAGAGUUUGUACCCUAAUAGGUGGUAUAUAAAUGAAUUAAACAGAUAAGUUAGGGCCAGGUUUUCCCAGUUUGCAUUGCUCUUGAUAGCUAUUAAGCAUCUGUGGUGCCUUUGCACAGAAUUGAUGCCCAACUGAAAUAUUUCCUGGAAUGCACAGAUCCUGUCACUGCCAAACAUGCCAGGUUAGAUUUCUGAAACAUACUUGAAAUAGUGUAUGUGUCUCAAAAUUUCAGCUACUGCAAACUGCAUUAAAGUGUGUAUGGGGGCAGGGGAGUAUUGCAUGUGCGUUUGCUACGUUUCUCAGCAUCUCCUGCUUAGCUGUGUAAUUGUCCUUGCAGGUUGCCAUGGACUGCUCUGAGGGCAGCUCACCCAGGGACGCUGCAGAGAAUCUGUUCAAGGAGGAGAAGAUCCUGAGCCCAGAGGCCCUGUCAAAGUUUCUCGGGGCCCUGAAAGCUCCUUUCCCUGGCCUGGGUCUCCUACUGGACCGUUGGGUGGCUGCAGCAGUUGGUUCUGACAGCACAGGUAUCCUUGGGGUGACAAUUUGGCGGCGGUGGGUGUUCAGAAAAGGCUUUGCAGGCUAUGGCCCCAACUGAGCUCUCGCUCAGGAUCAUGGAACAGAGGGUGCCCACCCCCCACCUCGUCCAACGAGGCCUCAGAUGGUCUUUGUGACAUGCAGGAGAGUCUUCACCCACAACAUAGACUCUUUCUGCGUACGGCUGGUCUCCUUGCUUGCUCAGGAUGGCCUGUUCCUACAUGUCCUCUAGUCUAGAUUUGAAACCAUCCCAUCUGGGUUAUCCAGGCUCCAAGAGACAGUUUGAAGAUUUCUCACAAUGGGGAGCACAUAUUGGGGCAGGGAAAUGGCAUGACUGUUGGGAAGCUGAGGCUCUGCAGUAGCCCUCUAGUUGGUAAUUUGACACCCCACCCUGCCCGUUUCCAUAGUUGGCUCUAGUGACAGCAUUGCCACAGAAAUAUUACUGAGGCAUCGCAAGCUGAUAUCCGAGGCCCUCCAGCAGGGAGCUGGUCUAGAAGAGGAGUUGCCACCAGUAGAAGCAGACCUGGCCAAACCAGCCAAGGAGGUUCAGGAUGCUGUCCCUGGAUGCCAGGUGUGUAUAUCUCAGGUGUGCUAAGUCUGUAGCAGGAUGUCUGCUGGGUGGAUUCAGACAACCAAUGGCCAGGUGAAUGUGUGCUUCACCACUUGGUCGUCACCCCAUCGCAACAUCACCCCCGAUGACUGGGAAGGAGGUGGUGCUGCUUUAUCAAAUGCAUUAUUAGCUUAUGUGAUUCAUUGCCACAAAAUACAAAUGGACGCAUUCAGGAAGGAAGUUGAUCAUCAACAGCCCUCCACCACUGUAGCUCAACAGAGCUUCUAUGUUGCAUUUCAUUUUGGUUAUUUAUUUAUUAUCUACACAUGAAAACCAUCCCUUGCCCUAUAGGCUCUCAGGGCAUGUUUAGGAGUCAAUAAACGACUGCAGUUCGACAGGGCAGGGCUGCUGUCUUUUCUGUCCCUGCUUGGCAGCUUCCAGAGGCAUGUGGCUGAACUCGCUGGACCUUCUGGGUUGAUCUAGUCCCCCGUGCCACACAUGGGGAGCAUCUGCACCUGCUCAGGCACCCAGUGGAGAGGUCAAAUAAUCCUGCUAUGCAGCAGGGUAGGGGGACUCUCUUCAUUGUGUGUUUCUUCUGUGGCUUUUCCCAGCUGGUGAGCACUUGCCUGCAGGAGGUGGCCCCUGCGACCUCCUGGAGGGCAGCUCUGAGCAGUGCCUGGAACAACAAGCCACUUCCUGCCACCCAGAUCUGCCAGCUCCUCUGCAGCAUUCAGGAGUCAUUCCCAGGCCUGCAGACAGUGAUGCAGGAACUACAGCAAGCUGGUGAGAAUCUUUCUGCCUUGUAUAUGCCACUCUCUAGGCACGUGGUGGGGGACACGCCCAGCCCCAGCCUGCAAUUGGCAACAUACACCUCUGUGUGCAUGCUUGAGAGGUGCAUUGUUUUGUGGUCAAUUUGGCAGAACUUGAGGCAAAGGGAGAGUGGGGGGAGCAGCUCACUGCAAAGCGACUCCCGCUGCGUGUCAGUUCAGGAAUCCACAGCCAGGAGGCUGAAUGCUGCCCAGAGUCACUCCCAGCUUCUUUCAGGGGGCUGCUGAGAUGCUGGAGCAAACGGAAGCAGAAGAAGCCUUUCAUUGCAGAGUAGAGGUAGCACUCAAAGGCCUACGGUCUUGGGUUGUUGCAUGAGGAACCUGGUUGUUGUAGAAGGGUCCAGUAGGGGGGAGCAGCCAGAGGAAAGUGUGGAAGACACUUUCACAUGGCAGCUGAUUUUGCCUGGUUUCUUCUAAUUUCUUCUACUGCCGUGGGGAGGAGAAGAGAGUGAUGCAGUCCAUGGAAGUAUUCUCUAACCCUGAAAACCCUGCUCAGUCCCCUGAAGGCGGCCCUGUUUGGGGAAGUUUUUAAUGUCUGGUGUUUUAUCGUGUUUUUAAUAUUCUGUUGGGAGCCGCCCAGAGUGGCUGGGGAAACCCAGCCAGAUGGGUGGGGUAUAAAUAAUAAAUUAUUAUUAUUAUUAUUAUUAUGAGAGAUUCCACCAGACACCCCCCUUGCACACGUAAGGCCUAGAAACUUGCUUAAUUAAAGGUAGAAUAAUUUUUUAGGUUUUUAAGUAUUAUUAUCAAUCAAUUUCUACACAAUCAUCUGAAGACAAUGUACAGGAAAAACAAGAAAAGUUUUUUAAAAAAACAACAGAUACACCGAAAACAAAAGUAAGACAAUGCAAAAUAUAGACCCUUGUAGCAGAAACCCAUUUGUGCUGUUGCUGAGCUGUUCAGUGCAUGGGAAGAGUGGUGUCCCCCUCAGGUGCAGGCAUGUCCUUGCAGGACUUCUCCUUUCUUUCAAGCCGCCUGACCUUGAGUAGUUGAUCCUUGUUGCCCAGCCUAUCUUGCACUUUCCAAGUAGCUUUAGGGAAGUGGUGCAAGGUUUUUACCUCAGGUGCUACAAAGAUUAAAGCUAUGUGACCUGCAUAUGUUGCACCCGUUCAAGUGCGCCUCAGAAUUCCUAUUGUUUUACACAGUUGGUGUAAGUUUUGCUUGGCAAGGGGGUAGAUAAGAAGCUGAAGCAGUUGCUACUGCUGACCACUCCUGGGAAUUCCUCUGGAACUGUCCUGAUGCUUGGAAGCACUUACUAGAAACUAGUAAGCUAGAAGCUAGAAACUUGACCCUUACAAAGGUUCUCUGGAAGCUGUGCUCAGCAUAUUGUUCUACAGAUAUUUUUGGCUCCUGCUGAUGGUCCUGAAGCCACAGUCCACAUGCCUCAGAAUGACUGUUUCCUUUUGUUCUUCCACAGGGCUCUUGACAGCUGUCGACGGAGGGAAGGCCAGUGUCUGGAAAUGGAAGGUGAACAGCAUGUCUCAAGUUGAAGCGGUGGGCAAAGCGGAGCCAAAGGGGGGCCAAAGCCCAGAGGCCCCCAGGGGGGCUGCCUCCCCAAAGAGCUUUGCCUGCAAGGCCUGCGGGAAGAGCUUUCGCUUCUACUGCCGCCUGAAGGUACACGAGAAGCGCUGCCGGGUGGCCCACCAGAAACCGGCGCAGUGCCCAGAGUGUGGCGAGGCAAAGGCCUCCAAGGCAGAGCUGGAGAAGCACCAGGUGGAGGCUCACGGCAAGCUAGGCUCCUCCCUCCGGAAGAAGAAGCCCAAGAAGCCCCGCCUCCCCGUGGCCUGCGACAUUUGUGGGCGGGAGUUUGCACACACAUCAGGUAUGGCCAGCCACAGGGCUCCUGGGAGUUGCAGGCUUCCCUUUUAUCUCUUCAUUUACAGUCAGGCCCCCUUUGCAUUCAGAAGUGAAACCCCAGAGGUCCAGUCAUCCUCUAGAUUGGGGUUUCUCAAACUUGGGUCUCCAGCUGUUUUUGGACUCCCAUCAUCCCUAGCUAUCUGGACCAGUGGCCAGGAAUGAUGGAAAUUGUAUCCAAAAGCAGGUGGCGACCCAAGUUUGAGAAACCCUGCUCUAGAUCCAGAUGCCUGCUGAGCCUGGCUGAGGCAGAGGGAGCAGGCUUGGCAGCCCAUUUCAAAGCCUUGAGGCUGGAGAAGAAGCCUUGCUCCUCCCACUCUGCUUAGCCCAGUCUAGAUGACUUUCUCUGGGCACAUUGCGAGGGCUGUGCGAGUGAAUGCCACUUCCUUACCAUGCCCAAGAAAAGCUUGAGAGACUGCCCUUCCCACAGCAGGGACUUUUCCCAGCGUGAAUCCCCUCCGCUGCAGCCCGGGCCCAGUUUGAGCAGGCGGUGGUGAGCAGCUCUGUGUCCCUCGAGAAGCUGAUCUGAAAAGGCUGCACAUAGUGUGCUGGGGAGCUGAAGGCUUCCUGCCUCACCUGCUGCUGUUUCCUUCUCCCUCCCCGCCUCCCCUCAGGGAUGCAGUACCACAAACUGACGGAGCACUUUGACGAGAAGCCCUUUUCCUGCGAAGAGUGCGGCGCCAAGUUUGCGGCCAACUCCACGCUCAAGAACCACCAGCGCCUGCACACGGGUGACCAGCCCUUCGCCUGCAAGCACUGCCUGAUGAGCUUCGCCCAGGCUUCGGCUCUCGCCUACCAUACCAAGAAGAAGCACGCCAAAGGUGAGGCCAGGCGUCCCUCUGGGUCAGCCUCCGACUGCAGCAAUUUGACAGGAGUCAGGGAAGCUAGCAAAGAAGCGGGGGCCCUGCCGACACGUGUCAUUUCCCCCUGCACACCCAGAGGCUGCAUCUCACGCAGCCCACUGCCGAAAUGUGCCAAGGCUCCCCAAUAGAGCAGGGGUUGGGCCGUGAUGUACUGCUGCACAGCAGGGCUGGGAGUCAGGGAAAGGCACCUUGGCAAGCAGCACUGAGCCCCGCUGUGUGGAGGAGCCAAACUUCACAGGCUGCUGGGUACUGAAAGUUGGGGCGUAUGAGUGCUUCCCUUGUGGGGCUACCCAGCCACAGGGAAGAGACUGACCUCAUCACAGCUUUGAAGACCCCAAAGUGGGUUGCUGCCCUCUGUCCCUCAGCCACCUUUUUUGGCUCCUCUUGCUGUCUUUUCCAGCUGAUCCCUGUCACUCUGAGACAGUGUUUGAGAUUAGCCAGGCGCAUUUUGCACCUGGCUUUUGAACACUUUCGACCAAGUGAAGAUGCCUGGGUGCCAGGAUGGCGUCUGACACCACCAUCUGGAGGUGCAUGCCUGGGGGUCAUUGGAUCUGGACUGUUUUCACACACUCAUACCCCAUCCUGUAGAAUUCUGUCGGUAUUAUUUUAUCAGCACAAUUGGAAUGCAUUUCAGGAACCCAAGUACUUUUUCUGCACAGCCUGAGCAGGAACAGUCACCAUUAAGAAAAACAGGUCAGAAUAGGCCAAUAUAUAUGUGGGCUGUCUCUGGGUCAAGUCAUUUUUCAUCUUUAAGAUCACCAAGCUCUUAACCUGGCUCAAGAUUGUCAUCUGAACUAGCUGGAUGUUUAACUGAGAGUCAGUUAGUGGCAACUAGACAUUUCAUUUUGGCAACUGCAACCUUGGUUAAAGGAGCCAUUUGGCGCCUAGCUUGUAUAUCUGAUUUUCUAACACUGCUGUGAGACCAGGCACUGCUUGGGUAUUCUGGAAAGCUGAUGAUGGUCCUUCUAGCAUGCCAGUCCUUCCAUGCUUAGGCUCAGUGUCAUAAUAUUAGCCCUCAUACCAACACACUGCAUUGGCUCUCUUGGCAGGGAAGAUGUACGCUUGCCAGUACUGUGCCGCCGUCUUCGCGCAGUCCAUUGAGCUGUCCCGCCACGUGCGCACCCACACAGGUGACAAACCCUAUGUCUGCCGGGAAUGUGGGAAAGGCUUCCGCCAAGCCAACGGUCUCUCCAUACACCUGCACACCUUUCACAGUGAGUGCCUUGAGCUUCAUAAUAAUAAAUGACAACAAAUAAUGACAGCAACAGCUUCCCGCCCUCCCUAGCUUUGUAAAUUUUGCCAUUUACUGCUCAUGCACUUAAAAGUGCUGCAGACACACCCUGGAAGGAAGCAGUUGCAGGAUGCCCCCUGCUCUUCCUCUUAUUGUGAGGGCAUCCCCUUCCUGGACCAGUGCCAGAGAUCUAGAGGAGUUUAUUAGUAUUUAGAGAUUUUUUUUAUAAUGAUGAGUAAUCUGAUAGUUGUUGCUCUCAAGCUUACACUCUUGCAUGUGUUGCUGCUUUGGAAAAGGAGGCAGUGCUGAGCCCUUGAGGUAGGGUGACCCCAACUGUCCUUCCAGGAGCUGGAGGUCUGCUAUUGCUGGCAGCUGUUCUUCUGUGUCUCUGCCUAAAAGUCCCACACAGCAGGGUAUAGUCAAGGGCUUGGGCUCUGCCAGCAAGGCUGGAAUCAUGAGGAGCACCGACAUGAUGCCUAGCUAAGACUGAAUGUGGUCCUGGUUGGGAGCAAAGUCUCUCCUGAGGGUAGGGCAGUCAUAAUCUGAGGGGAAACAGUUGUGUGAUUGUAACCAGCUCUUGUUUUGUCCUUCUGCUCCUCCUGAACCCUCUGCAUGUGAACUCGUUGUAUCCUGGCCCCACCUUCCUACCCUACCCUCCACAUGGGGACUCAGACGUUGACGACCCCUAUGACUGCCAGAAGUGCCAGAUGAGCUUCCCCACCCUGCAGGAGCACCAGAAGCACAUUCAUGCAGCCCACUCUAGGGAGUACCACCCAUGCCCGACCUGUGGAAAGGUUUUCAGUGCACCGUCCCUGCUGGAGCGCCACGUGGUCACCCACGUCGGGGGGAAACCUUUCAGCUGCCAGAUCUGCAACAAAGCUUAUCAGGUGGGUCUGCUUUGGCAGAAGCAGUGGCCAACAGGACAACCAUCCUUCCCCUUUGCCAUUCUUAGGUCUCACCUCUCCCUCGCACACACAGACACAACUUGCAUUGCUUCCCCCGAGUCUCUGGGAAUCCAAAAGUGCUGAAUUCUAAAAUGGGCAUUUUGUCUUUUUGUACACGAUAAAAAGCUAUAUUUCGCACAAGGCGUUUUACAAUAAAAAUCAGUCAAAGGUGACUUUGUAACAAUAAAAUACCAAAUAAAACCAGCCCAUUGGUUCCAAAGACUGUGUUUACAACAGGCAAUCAGAUUCUGACUUGGUCACUCCUUUGCACCCAGGGAUGGCAGAGAAGGAGCAUCAGGGAAGUCUUACUCGGACUUCUUCCAAAGACUUGCCUCCACUGAAGAUCAGGCUCUGCUGUGUGCAUCCAUUCACCUCCCUUUGUGGAUAGAUAGAAAAUGCAAUUGGGGGCAUGUGGGGUAGCAACAGCCAAGGGAAUGAUGUGGCAGUGUUUCCUUUGGAGACAGAAGCCAUUGUCUACCUUGGGGGUGGAGUGAGGGGGUGGAAACCCUAUAGUCAGUGUGAAUCCCAGAGUCGAGGCUUUGAACCUGCAGCCCAAGCCCCUCUGUGGGUUGUGAUAACCAGAAUGGAUUUGCUCCCUCCAGCAAUUGUCAGGGCUGUGGUACCACAAUCGGACUCAUCACCCGGACAUCUUUGCUGCUCAAAACCACCGGUCCUCCAAGUUCUCUUCGCUGCAGUGCAGCUCCUGCGAUAAGACCUUUCCCAGCACUGCAGCCCACAGGAGACACACCAAGGAAGAGCAUUCAGGUAAAGGACUCAGAGGGCAAAGGUGCCACCUUGGUGCCUUCUGCUCUUGGUGCCCGACAGGUCUUGACAUUUGGCACGGGGCCUCCAGCUCAGCACUGGCUGUUAGGUGAACUUUGUGGGAUCAGACCAAGGUCCAGUUCAUUCGGCAGCCAUUGUUCCUGGCAAAGUCAAAAUCAGGGUGGUCCCUGCCCUCCCCCGGCAUUGUGUUCAGAGGUAGACUUCCUCUGGGGGUGUGGAGGUAUAUGGAAUCCACCACACUCUUUUUAGGAACUGUCGGACCUCCAAAAAACCUCCGUUGCUUGCCAUAGUUUGGUGGGGUUUGGGUGCAUGCUGUCUUCACACUUCACUUUUAAUAAUAAUAAUAUAAUAAUAAUAAAUUUUAUUUAUAUCCCGCCCUCCCCAGCCGAAGCCGGGCUCAGGGCGGCUAACAACAAUAAAACAGUACAAAAGUACAGCAUAAACAACACUCUAAAAUCAUUCAUUAUAAAAUUAAUUAAUUCAAGCCACUGGCAACCAUUGGGCCAGAGCUCCGCGAAGAUUGCCGAGGGAGGGAGUCAGGCUGUGCCCUGGCCAAAGGCCUGGUGGAACAGCUCUGUCUUGCAGGCCCUGCGGAAAUAUGUCAAGUCCUGCAGGGCCCUGGUCUCUUGUGACAGAGUGUUCCACCAGAUCGGAGCCACAGCCGAAAAAGCCCUGGCUCUAGUUGAGGCCAGCCUAACUUCUCUGUGGCCUGGGACCUUCAAGAUGUUUUUAUUUGAAGACCGUAAGUUUCUCUGUGGGGCAUACCAGGAGAGGCGGUCCCGUAGGUACGAGAGUCCUAGGCCGUAUAGGGCUUUAAAGGUUAAAACCAGCAUCUUAAACCUGAUCCUGUACUCCACCAGGAGCCAGUGCAGCUGGUAUAGCACUGGGUGAAUGUGAUCUCGCAGCGAAGACCUCGUAAGGAGUCUCGCUGCAGCAUUCUGCACCCGCUGGAGUUUCUGGGUCAGUCUCAAGGGCAGCCCCACGUAGAGCGAGUUACAAUAAUCCAGUCUGGAGGUGACCGUCGCGUGGAUCACAGUGGCUAGGUCAGGGCGAGAGAGGUAAGGAGCCAACUGCUUAGCUUGGCGGAGAUGGAAAAAUGCUGCCUUUGUUAUAGCUGCAAUCUGCACCUCCAUGGAAAGGGAGGUGUCAAAGAUUACACCCAAACUCUUAACGGACGGUGCUGGCACUAAUUGCGCCCCCGCAAGAGAUGGGAGUUGCCCCCCCAAUCCCAUAUCGCCAAUCCCAUAUUUUUAGGCAGUGGUUUUGGAUUGAGGGGGACAAGUGUAGGGAGUCUGGCGGAUCCCACAACAGCCAGGUUUUGGGGAAGAGGGAUCCACUCUACCGAGGUGGGUGACUCUUUGUGAGGCUGUGUUGGUUGGAAGAGAAUGCAUUAGAGGAGCCACCCAAAAAGGCUUUGCAAACUCUUCUCCUAAGCAGGGGGCUGGAUGAAGGUCAGUGGAUAUCUGGCCUGUAGCUGAACCCUCUUUUUGAUAAACUACCUACCGGGGGUCUCAUGGCUUUCCUUUAGAAGUGACAUUCCAUGAGUGUGAGAAGUGCAAGAGACUCUUCCCUUCGGUCGCUUUGCUGCAGGCUCACGAGAAAAGCCAGCACUCAGGUGAGUGUCCCACUAAUUUGCCCCUUGUUGCCCCUCUCUCAGGAGGUUCCCAUUUCCCUGCCUACUCAUGACUCUCUCUCUCUCCCUUAGGGUCUCAGCCCCUCCACUGCCCACACUGCUCAGCCUCUUUCCACCUCCAGGGGGCACUGCAGCAGCACCUGGCCACCAAACACACCAGCCCAUCAGAGCCUUCCUUGGUCUGCACACUCUGCGAGGAGGUCUUCCCUGGACAAGAGCAGCUGGAGCAGCACUGUGGUGCUGAGCACCCAAAGAUGGUGGUUGCCAGUUCACAAGUUCCAAUGGCCCAGGUAGUGCAGGUCAGUGAUACCUUUCCCAUUAGGGAUGUUAAGCUGACCCCUUCCCAGUCCUUCGUCUGGGCCCCGUUCUGUGUCAUCCCAUCAGGAAGGACAAAGCCUCUUAACACAGCUUCCCCCACACGCAAAGUUUUUCCUGGUGUGUUACGAUAUAGGCCAGAUGUGGGGAACCUCCAGUUCAUGGGCCCAAUUGACUGCCAACCGGUCAGAUCCAGUUCCCCAGUCUGGAUAUAAACAGUGUCGCCCCUUUUCUUCUGAUGCCAACUUGGAGUUGCCUCAACUUCACCCACUCCCCAUUAUACUGUGAGGAGGAAAGCCAGGCUGAGCGUGAGUGGCUACCUGCCCGCAAAGUGAAUGUCCAGCAUACUCUUCUGCCCAGCUGAAGCAGUGACAUCCAUGUCCUUUCCUUGUCAGGUGCUUCAGACACCUGGGCCUGUGGUCACCGUGGCAGAGCCGGAAUUUGCUGACGCUCAAGUGUUUCUGACAUUGCCAGAAGUACAGGGUACCAAAGUGGAGCACAGCUGGUGAUGGUGAAUUCGGAAGACUUCCUGGAUGAAAAAGUCACGGCGAUGUGAGAUGGGGAGAGGGAUAGCCUGUGCCAACCUGUGUUUUUGUUGGGCUGGAACCUGCUUGAAUAUUUGCCAUGGAGCAAGGCACAGCAGGGAUGAAAGCAAUCCUAGAAAAACGGGGAUUCCAUGAUGGAAAGGUUUGGAUCAGAUGUACCCAUUGAAAGGCAGACUCUCCCUUCUGGGCAUCAUAGGAGGCUGCGUGGUUUUGUUCUCCACCUGGCUGUGCCCUUUUAAAGGCUUCCUUCCCUUCUGUUUGGGUAUGCUAGGCCAUUUAUGAGAUGAAUAAGGGAGCUGUGUGAGGGCUGCCCAGGGGCCUGGGUGCCAUGUUUAUUUUUCUGCUCCUGGAAGCAGGCGUAGGGGAACAUGGUGAUCCAAAUAGAGAGUGGCAAAGCAGAUGGCAAAAGCAUGGCAGCCUUGCCAUGUGGGCAGGUAGUUGAGGACAAGAACCCCUACCCAACCUACUCCUAAGAACAUGGCUGCCCAUCCUGCAGUCCAUGAGCUCCAACCAGGACCAUCUCGAGGCUUGAAGGGUCUCUGGAUAAACUUCCCUCUGGUAGGCCAUUCAUUGGUGGGUCCUGGUUGACAUACCAGGCAAUGGUGGCAGCUGUGCCACUGAGAAGCUAGAUCAAAGUGCCCUUUAAAUUUCCCUCCAGGCUCCCACCUGUUGUUUCACUCUUGGGAUUGUGUGAAGCUUGUCCCAGCCAUCUUGCUCUGCUUGCACCAGAACUUUUUUUUUUUUUAACGGAUUGGGGGGGUCCAAGGCAGUUGUCACAAAUGGGCCCAGGCAGCAGUACUGGCCCUUGCACUGCAAUAUAUUCUUCAUGAGGGAGUCCUUUGGCAAACAUGGCUUUGAGCUUUCUAGAAACAGCUUGCAAGCAAGACCUUGUAAUAUGCAUCAGUAGCUCUGACGUACUCAACUGUGCGAGGACAAACUGGUAUUGAAAUUACUUAUAUUAAGGUAGCAAACAUUAACAAUGAUGUUAACAAACUGGCUGAAUAAACUGAGCUCCUGUUUUGUAUGAGUCUGUGCUACAAGUGUUAUUUAGUGAUAAUCCUAAAUCCUGAAUCCAUUUGUUCCUGUUGAAAACCUCUCAGAGUCAGCCUGGGUUUACCGAAUAUUGAACGUGGGUGAGCAUCUUCAGCCUGGCUUGGCUUACUGUUUCAUUUUUUAUUUGGAAGUGUAUUUAAUUUCUUUUCAAUAAAAAGAAAGAACAGGGAAUCCAGGAA